AUGGGGGGCGGGGUGAAUCCACAGGAAACCCGGAUUCUGAAGUGCCUGCUGGAGGACAAGCUCCGGAUUGAGCUGGACACGGAGCCCCACCUGGACCUGAGCAGGGAGCUGGGGGAGAUGCAGUGCAGGUACAAGGCCAUGGUGGAGACCAACCGCCAGGACGUGGAGCAGUGGUUCCAAGCCCAGUCCGAAGGCAUCAGCCUGCAGGCCACAUCCUGCUCUGAGGAGCUGCAGCGCUGCCAGUCGGAGAUCCUGGAGCUGAGACGCUCAGUGAGCACCCUGGAGGUGGAGCCGCAGGCGCAGCACGCGCUGGAAGUGAAGAUUCUGAGGAGUCAGCUGGGAGACAAGAUCCGGAUUGAGCUGGACACGGAGCCCACGGUGGACUUCAGCAGGGUGCUGGGGGAGAUGAGGUGCCAGUACGAGGCCAUGGUGGAGACCAACCGCCAGGACGUGGAGCAGUGGUUCCAAGCCCAGUCCGAAGGCAUCAGCCUGCAGGCCAUGUCCUGCUCCGAGGAGCUGCAGUGCUGCCAGUCUGAGAUCCUGGAGCUGAGAUGCACGGUGAACGCCCUGGAGGUGGAGCGCCAAGCCCAGCACACCCUGAAGGACUGCCUGCAGAACUCCCUGUGCGAGGCCGAGGCCCGCUAUGGCACGGAGCUGGCCCAGAUGCAGAGCCUCAUCGGCAACGUGGAGGAGCAGCUGUCCGAGAUCCGGGCCGACCUGGAGCGGCAGAACCAGGAGUACCAGGUGCUGCUGGACGUGAAGGCCCGGCUGGAGGACGAGAUCAACACGUACCGGAAACUUCUGGAGUGCGAGGACUGCAAAGCCAUGUUCGAGAGGGUGUCACUGAGCGUUCUCAGCUCCAGGAUCUCGACUGGCAGCGCUGCAGCUCCUCAGAGCAGGAUGUGCCUGCAGGCUGAUGCCUUCGGACUUGGGCACAGUGAGGUAAACGACAUGGUCACCUACCUGACCCAGAACAGAAACCAGGAAAGUUCCCCAGGGGCUCUAUGUCUCCUGGCCAACCUGGCACAUGCCAACCGAGUGCGUGUAGGGUCCACCCCUCUGGGCCGCCCCAGCCUCUGUCUGCCCCCCACCUGCCAGGCUGCUUGUACCUUGCCGGGGACCCGCCACAUUCCCGGCAAUAUCGGAAUCUGUGGGUCCUACUGUGAAGGCAGCCUGAAUGGCCACGAGAAGGAGACCAUGCGGUUCCUGAACGACCGCCUGGCCAACUACCUGGAGAAGGUGCGCCAGCUGGAGCGGGACAACGCGGACCUGGAGGCCAAGCUCCGCGAGUGGACCAGAUGCCACGAGUCCAGCGUGUGCCCGGACUACCAGUCCUACUUCCGCACCAUCGAGGAGUUCCAGCAGAAGAUCCUGUGCAGCAAGGCUGAGAACACCAGGCUGAUUGUACAAAUUGACAACGCCAAGCUGGCUGCCGAUGACUUCAGGAUCAAGCACGAGAGCGAGCGCGCCCUGCGCCAGCUGGUGGAGGCGGACAUGUGUGGGAUGCAGAAGCUCCUGGACGACGCCACCCUGGCCAAGGCCGACCUGGAGGCCCAGCAGGAGUCCCUGAAGGAGGAGCAGCUCGCCCUCAAGAGCAACCACGAGCAGGAAGUGAAGAUUCUGAGGAGUCAGCUGGGAGACAAGAUCCGGAUUGAGCUGGACACAGAGCCCACGGUGGACUUCAGCAGGGUGCUGGGGGAGAUGAGGUGCCAGUACGAGGCCAUGGUGGAGACCAACCGCCAGGACGUGGAGCAGUGGUUCCAAGCCCAGUCCGAAGGCAUCAGCCUGCAGGCCAUGUCCUGCUCCGAGGAGCUGCAGUGCUGCCAGUCUGAGAUCCUGGAGCUGAGAUGCACGGUGAAUGCCCUGGAGGUGGAGCGCCAAGCCCAGCACACCCUGAAGGACUGCCUGCAGAACUCCCUGUGCGAGGCUGAGGCCCGCUACGGCACGGAGCUGGCCCAGAUGCAGAGCCUCAUCGGCAACGUGGAGGAGCAGCUGUCCGAGAUCCGGGCAGACCUGGAGCGGCAGAACCAGGAGUACCAGGUGCUGCUGGAUGUGAAGGCCCGGCUGGAGGACGAGAUCAACACGUACCGGAAACUUCUGGAGUGCGAGGACUGCAAGCUGCCCUGCAAUCCGUGCUCCACCCCACCCUCCUGUGUGCCUGCGGCUUGUGCCCCUCGUCCGAGCUGCGCCCCCCGCACCGUGUGUGGGCCCGCAUCCGUCUGUGGAGCCGGCACCGGGAGCCGAUUCUGA